CUCAGACUGUCAACUUAUUAAAUUUAAAUACUGUGGAGGACAAAACCACUUCUCCAUCCACUACUAAGUUACCCUCUUCUUCUACAAUUAAUGACAAAGUAAUAAAUUCCACCUCUUCUUUAUAUAAUGGCCUUUCACCACUUCAAUUUCAUCAAUCGUGCAGUUUAUAUAUUCAUAAAUCCGCAGCCUCCUCAAGCUCCCAGUUCUUGAUUGGAAAUGAGGCUAGCGGGACAUGCACUGACCUUCAUUCUUCAUAUUAACAGGAACAAAUCUUUGUCAUGAUACAACAUCCGGCAAACUUGACGCAAAUUGUGAUGCAAGGAAUGAGACUUGGACUGGACGCCUUCAUGCAGCACCACUGGACAAUGGAACCACCUCCAAUCCCACCGCCGAUGAACACUCAUGUGGAGUUCCCGCUCUACCCCCAACCACAACAAGGGGCGACUCCAUGGAUUCAGCAGCAUACUGCCAUGCUGUCCACGGUAGUCAGCUCCAUGCAUGUACCCCAGCCCCACAGACUGCUCCCCUCCACGCACAAAUGCCACCAGCAAAUCAGGAAGAGGUAGUAGGGCGCCAGGUCUGCCGGAUGCUAUAUCAUGACAAGGAUUUGUUUCCCGUUGAUGUGAAGAUUGAAGGUCAGUGCAUGUCCCGCUAGCCCCAUUUCCAACCAAGAACUGGGAUUUUGGGGAGGCUGCGGAUUCAUGGACAUAUAGACUGCACGAUUGACGGGAUUGCUCUCCACCAGAAUUGUGUUCUCCAUCCGAACUAGGCGAAUUAAUUACUGAAAAAGGCCUUCAUUAUUUUGCCUUACGUGUACUUUCAAGCUUUGUCUGUUGAUUUAAUUUUUGCCUGCUUUUGUCUCUAAAAUGUAUAGUUUGCUUUUAUCUCUAAAAUAUAUAGUUCGAUUCUAACUCAUGGUAUAUCUCAGAAGCUUUGUUUUCGCCUCAGGCUCGAUCUUAAAGUUCUAAAUCGGGUGUCUAAAUAUAGAUUUUGGGUGUCAUUCAAGGGUACCUUUCUCAAAAAAGGAUAUUGGGUGUCAUUUGACGUGCUCUGAAGUUUCAGAUUUGCUUCAUAAAGGUAAUUGUUUUGUUUAAAGAGGUUUGGUGUAACCAGUCAAAUUCUUGGAUUUCGGCAAUUUUUACAAGUGUUUGAAGUGAAAGUUGGGACUUCGCAGUAGCGCAUGCGUGCGCGCACACACCAAAAGAGUUUCGGUUGAAGUUUAUACAUGGCAUGGCACACACCCAAAGAGUUUCGGUUGAAGUUUAUACAUUGAGCUUUAUCCUUCAUAGAUCCGCCUCUAAUUACUCAAUAUCGAGCUUGAUCACAUUACAUCAUGGGUUAAGGGAUUCUAGGAGUUCACUACUUUUGCAUUGGAAAUACAGAAGGAAGCUGAUAACUACAGUGACUGUGAAAGACUUGCCGAAAGGUGAAAUCAACAAGCAAAUUGUACAGGCUCAGGUUGACAGAGAUCUCAACAGGCAACUCAAAAAAAGCAAGGUUGAAAGGAAACACAAAGAACAGGGUGAAGUGGCUAUCAGGUAUCAAUUUUAUGGUAAAAAAAUUACAACAGUGGAAACUCACACCUCAGCUAAUUGGGAGCAUGGUGCAUCAACAUAUUUUAUUAUUAUGUAAAUAAAAUGCAUGUAACUAUUUUUUAAAAUUUUGCUUCUUAUCAAAUUUUAAUUUUAUUUAAUUUUUAAAUAUUCAAAAUAUUCUUUGCGUUGAACCUGUGUUGACACGGGCUUGCACCUCUUGUUUGAAUAUAAAACCUAGAAAGUGAGGAUGAUGAUGA